UCGGGAUCCAGUCGCUAUCGAGUCGGACUGGGAGGAAGAGUUGGUUUGGAAUAUGGAAAUCGAGCCAGCAUCAGUGAGUCAGGCUGAGGAGGAGAUGGAUGAACUCGAGGAGCCCAGCGUUGUCAUUCAGGAAAUCAACUCAUGGCGGUAUGAGAUCGGUGACAUGCUGGCUGAAUGCACUUCUGGAGCCAUUUAUGAAGGAACCCGGGUGAAGGAUGGCUUGAAGGUGGCAGUAAAACGUGUGAAUACGUUGAAGCAUAUGGAUUAUAUCAGCAUCCCGGGUCAUCCUGAGCCUCUUCCUCGUGAGGUGGCUCUACACAUCCUUGCCUGCAAGGGAGAAACAUUUCCUGAGGUUGUCCAGCUCUUGGACUGGCAGGUGUAUCCGGACCACUACAUCAUGGUUCUGGAGCGCCCGUCUCCCUGCGUUGAUGUACAAGAUUUUGCUACUAGCAACGGGGGACAACUCAGCGAGGAUUUAGCCAAAGAAAUCAUGUGGCAAGCGACCAGAGCGGCCUACAAGUGCUGCGAAAGGGGGGUUUUCCAUCGUAAUAUCAAUAUGGAGAACCUCCUUAUAACGACAGACACCCGAUACGUCAAACUUAUUGACUUUCGGUGUGGCGAUGUGCUUACAAGGUCUCCUUUCAAGAUGUUUAUGGGCACAAGAGACUACGCCUGCCCAGAGUUCCUCAAAACGGGCACAUAUUACGGACAGCCGGCGACGGUGUACUCGCUCGGGGUGCUGCUCUUCGCCAUGGUGUGUGGGACAUUUCCCAACCGUAUUAACCAGGACUCGAUCGACAAAAGAACCUUGUACAAAAACUUGACUGAAGAGUGCUGCAAUUUAAUCGAAGCCUGCCUACAAGUAGAUCCAGAUGUUCGUAUUACUCUGGAUGAGAUCCUUGACCACAAAUGGUUUCAGGACAAAUAUCCUGCCUACGGCCUCCAGACUCCUGUCCACUUUACUAAGGACAGAGAGUAUGAUCCGAAGCCCAGUGUGAGAAUUGAAGAAAUCAAUCGCCAGCAGUAUGAGAUGGGCAGUGAGCUGGGUCAAGGCGGUUUUGGAACAGUCUUUGAAGGGACACGUCUGCGGGACGGAUUGAAGGUGGCAGUGAAAAUUGUCAAGAAGACCAAGGAUGUGAUGGAUGAUCUUAUCAACAUUCCUGGUCAUCCUGAGCCUCUACCACAGGAGGUCGGCCUUCAAAUGCUGGCCUGUGACGGUGUACAUGUUCCUGUAAUCGUCCAGUUUCUGGACUGGCAGGACUAUCCGGAUGAAUACAUGAUGGUCAUGGAGCGCCCCAGUCCCUGCAUGGACGUCAUCAGUUUCGUGAUGGACAAGGGUGGCAGCUUGACAGAGAACGUUGCAAAGGCUAUCAUGGGGCAAGCAACGUAUGCAUCUGAAGUCUGCUUUACGGGGGUUUUCCACAGGGAUAUAAAGCUUGAAAAGCUCCUAAUUAACCCGGGCACGCUGGAAGUCAAACUGAUUGACUUUGGUUGCGGCGAGUUGCUCAAAAGAUCACCUUACCAUGAGUAUAUGGGCACAAGGAUCUACGCCUGCCCCAAAUACUUUGAGCUGGGGCACUACUAUGGAAAGCCGGCAACGGUGUACUCGCUGGCAGGGGUGCCGCCAGAAAUUCUGGGCCCUAUGGAAACCAAAAUUUCUGGGCCCCCUACAUUUUUUACAGAUAAAAUUUAACCCAAUAUACA